AUGUCCGACUCAGCCAUUGCUCCUCGGGCAGGGCGGGCGCGCACUGCUUGUGAUCUGUGCAGGUCUCGGAGGAUCCGCUGUGACGGAGUCAAACCUGCAUGUGAGACAUGCCAUUUCGCCGGAGUGCCUUGCAUCUUUACACCGCCACCGGACGUGCCUCGGCAGACAGUCCGAGAACAACUGGCCAACUGCAGAAUCAAAGUGCAGGAGUUGGAAGAAGCACUGAGAGUGGAGCGAGCCAAAAAUAAUGCAAAGGAUAAUGCUCCCAAUGCAUUCGUUCUCCAAGGAGGAUUGGCGGAUUUGCACGGAUUCGACGCGGCUCUUACCGCGUUCCUGCGGAUUCUCGGAUUCUGUGGCUUCGGCCCUAAGUCGACCCCGUUCCUCUUCCCCACCGACCAGCAUCGUAUGCCCACUCUUGUCGACUUGAAUCGCUUUGCCCAGGAUGUGACUUGUUCAUUCAAGUCGGAAUUUCCCCACCAUGCCUCCAGGACCAUUCAUCCCAAGCAACCCCCACCGACGCUGAUCCGCACCGUUAUCGACUAUUUUAUAACCAACAGCCUCUACUCCGUCUUUCCCGUAAUCGACCCCGUCACCUUGUUGUCCCUUCGGGGCUCAGAUCUUUUUCAUUCUGCUGAGGAUCAGGAUCGUCUUCCCAAAAGCGUCCAGGUCUGUCUGGUGGCCUUGACAGCCCUGGUCACUCACCUGCGGGACGAUGAGCCCGCUUUUGGUGAAGCCGACCCAGAAGCCUUUCUGCAAUCCGUGCUGGCGCAGUUGCCUGAGCUGGUCAUGUCGGGGGACAAUGAUCUCUGGACCCUACAAGCUCUAAUCCUGGUGGUGCUGUACCUUGCUCCACUCGGUGCGCCUCAGUCUGCCGAAUUGAUCCUGGCAAUGGCAAUCCGGCUCCUCACCACCCUAGGUGGCAAUCGGGUUCAUGUGAACCACGACCUUCACCUCGAUGACCAUCGUGGUCGACAUCUUCGGGCUCUUUUCUGGCUCUGUUACUCUGUGGACAGGGAAAUGUCAAUCCGUAGUUCGCAUCCGCCGUUCCUUCAUGACAUCGACUGCGACCUCGACCUGCCAGAGAAAUAUGUCAUGGCUUCGUCCGAGAGCCAGUUCCGCCUGGCCCCCUUGUCCAACGACGAGCUACUUUAUCCCUCUGACCUACGCAUGUGCAUCAUCAAGUCCAAGAUCUACCGUCUACUGUAUUCGGAUUACGGCCUGGCGCAGCCCGCUUCCAUCCGCGUGCAGUAUGUCCGCGAACUGGACGAGGAGCUCAGCAAUUUGAGAGCGCAAUUUCCCGCCGACUGCCGCCCGGAGAACUUGUCCCCGGGAAGCAUCCCAGACUCUUUGGUUCUCGACCUCAGUCUACGGGGGAUCAACAUGCAUCUGGAAUACUAUUAUUGUCUCGCCAAGAUCCAUGGCGCGUGUCGCGUCGCUGGCGGAGGGUACCCCUCGCUGGACGAUAUUUCGCCCCUGACUUCGAGUCGGGAGCUGUGUUAUCAGGCUGCGCGCUCGAUUCUGCUCUACCUCAGUCGGUUACGCCAUCUCAUUAUUCCACAAACCUUUUGGAUCUAUGCGCAGUUCAUCCUCUCCGCUGUCGUCUCUCUCGGUUGGAAGCUUGUCGCCGAACCUAACCACCCAUCCGCUGCCAGCGACCUCCAUCUCAUCCAGCACACGAGGGACCUGUUCACUAGGCUAAAGGAAACGUCGGAUCCCAACAAGUUUCCACCUUUCUACAUAAUGGACAACUUCAUCCAACAAUUGAUCGCCGCGGUAGCACAUUCGGGCUCGCCACCGAUACUUCUGGCAUUCAACCAUUCAUGA